AUGGAUCCAUUUGUUUAUCCAAAAAUGGAUCAAUUUGUUAUCAUCUCGCUGGAUCUGAGUACGGAGACAUACAGACAGUUGCUUCCUCCAAGUGGAUUAGUUGAAGUUCCGCCUAUUUUUCCAACUAUUAGUGUGUUGAGGGACUGUCUUUGUUUUUCCUACCACAUUAAGACCACCCAUUUUGCUAUAUGGAUGAUGAUGGAAUUUGGAGUCCAACAAUCUUGGACUCAAUUCCUUAAUAUUAGUUGUGUGGAUCUUCAAAAUCAUCAUGAAUAUCAGCGAUUUGGUUAUGAAUAUCUACUGCAUCCAUUAUGGCUUUCUAAGAAUGAUGGCACAAUAAUACUAGCAAGCAGUCAUGAAGAGCAAGCAUUUCUCUAUAAUUGGAGAGAUAAUAGUGUAAUCAAAACUAGAAUUACCAACCAUGUAUUGUGGAUGUUUUCUCAUAAUUAUAUCGAAACCUUGGUUCCGACUUGUUGA